AUGAGAUUACCUCUUCGUGCUUGGAGAUGGUACAUGCGAUGUUUAGAGAUUCAUCCGUGGAAAACUCAGCUCAUCUCGACAGGUAGACUUUGACCCUUGAAUCAUUAAUCGUUCCUAGCAAGUAAUUUUUGAGGUAAAUUCAAAAAUUUGUGGGCAAGAUUUAUAAUUUUUCAGCGGCUUGGUCAUAGAAACCGCAAAUUACUUCUUGGGUCUACGUUCCCAACCAGUGUUCAGCACUCUAACUGGGAUUACGGUCUAUCGAACGUAAGGUAAUUAAAUAUUUGUCUUGACAGCACAAUAAUUCGAAGGGUCGUAUGUGUUUUUCAAACCACAGGCACUUAUUUUUCUAAUUUCUCAUACAUUUACUGCCGCUCCACUUUAGGUUUCUCAAAAUCUUUCCAGGUAAGUCAGAUUUUUAUUCUGCAGGAAUGUCUAGUUUGCGUUGAAAUUCGUUGUGGUAUAGGAAGUCAUCGCUAAAUCAAACUCGUUCAGAUUGAAACCGCGGCUCCUCGUGAUCUAAUUCGGUCAAAAUUUGCUCUCAUAGUACUCUCUGCGAAGUUCAUACGAAACACAUUAUUUUCAAUACAAAAUAAUCUCUUAAAGACAAGCGGAAACUUGUUCAAGGAUCAGUUCCGAAUCCUUGCAAGAUAUUUCAAAUGCCGUCGACCACUCAGCUGGAGAACUUCUGGUUUUUAUGACAUUACGAGCUCUAAGAAUCACUUCAAUCCUGAUCAAUCGUGUUUAGAAAUGUUACAUGGCCUUUUCGUAAAGCAGAAUGGAUUGGCCACCGAAAAAUCAAGUGUAUCUUUCUAAGUCUCGGAACUGUCUUACAUAAAAUCAGUGAACGCUGCUUAAUUACGGUAGCGAAGUAGAAAACGGUGAAGGAGUAAGAAUUAUCAGGAAACUAAAAUUAGUGUUCGUUUUUGCAACUUUCUUUUGUUUCAAAGACUUUCUCUAAAGCAGCAUUGACGGUAAACUUUACAUCUGACUCUUAAGUGAACAUUAAAAUCGCCGAAAAUGAGUAUGUGGUUCUUUACUUCGUGGCGUCAGCCUGGUCUCGAGCACAGAAAUCUGUCACCUUCAUUUGUUUUUGUCCCAGGGUCCUCAGUGGGUACGUUAUAUAUGAGGACAUAAAUUAUAGCCUAGUGUGCCCUACACGUUUCUUGUUCCGUGCUUCCCUCGUUUUCCCACUUUCCUUGGCUUGCGUAUUUCAUUUGCCAGGAUUCAUUUUACUCACAGGUCUAACUUUUUCUGCCUGAAGUAUUUGACCCGUCAGACUUCACUGACGUGGCUUACUUGAUUUUACACAACUGCCCGUCCAGGGAAGGGAGUAGGUGGAUCUCACUGUCUUUAGUUGUGGCUCUGUGAGGCCGGAGACCAUUUUUUGCAGCUUCGUUCAUUACAAGAACUCAGAAAAUUAUAACGCUGAAUAGUUUUCUGAUAAUUUCUGUAUAUUUUAAAAAAUCUGAUGUUAACAUUUCACAUUACGUUAUUCUACAUUACUUCCACACAUACAUUACACAUACAUGCUUGCCCGCUCACAAUUGCCCAUGAUUCCCAAUGCAGAAGAAGUGGUGGAUUUAGUCUCGAAAAAAUAUCCAGAAGGUGAAUCAGGUGAAAGGAGAGAAAAUAAAGGGUGACACAAAAGAGGCUGCUGACAAAAAUAACAUGGUGUUCUUAUUUAGCUUGUUUUAUUUUCAGGAGCACUUCUCGGAGCUGGAGACUUCAUUGCACAACAAUACGUUGAGAAAGUCCCAUUGCGGGAGCAUGAUUUGGUUCGUACAGCCCGAAUGGCGGCUGUCGGAACUGUUGUGAUUGGCCCCAUAUUCCACGUAUGGUACGCACAACUGGAUAAAAGAUUUGCUCGCAAAAGCCCUGGAAAUGCCAUCCGGAAAAUGACAGUGGAUCAAAGCAUCCUGGCGCCAGUGUUUCUUGUUUUAUUUUACGGUGCUGUCGGAGUCGUUGAACGUCGCACUAUCAAAGAGAUUAGUGACAAAAUCUACGAGGAAUUUUAUCCCAAUAUGGUUGUGAACUACCAAAUCUGGCCAGCUGUUCAGUUCUGUAAUUUUUAUUUUUUUCCAGCCCAUCUGCGAGUGCUGGUUGUGAAUGUUGUAUCACUGUUUUGGAAUACAUAUCUAGCAUGGACUUCGCACAAGGAGUUGGAACAUUCCAAGCAGUAGUGUUGUCUGUCCAAGAAAUUUUUGUAGGGGUUAGUUGGGGGGAGGGGAUGGGGAGGGAGGGUAUCACUAUCACUGUUUUGGAAUACAUAUCUGGCAUGGACUUCACAUGAGGAGUUGGAAAGUUCCAAGCAAUAGUAUUCUCUGUCUGUUUCGAUAAAGACUAGACGAAGAUGUCGAGAAUCAUAGAUAUUUUGUUUUGGAACGAAAACGUUGUAUUGACAAUUGAGAUCAGUUGUCAGUUGUGUAGUGAUUGUUGUUAUACUGUUUUACUGGUCUCUGUGGAACUGCAAUUUAAGUGAUCUCUUUUAAGGUUUGAAUCGAUCAAAGUUUCAUCUUUCUGGAACAGGAAUGGACUCAUUUAGGGGCUUUUACUCGAAAUUUUCUUCGAAGAUGCUAUAUUCUGCAAUUCAAAAUCCCCCUUCGAUCAAUUUCUAACCUGCCUCACCGAUUUAUUCUGAGUCGUAUCACAGUCUCUCAUUGGAUGUUUUUCAUGCCACAAUUACUUCUGUUUCGGGUUGUUAGGGAAGCUUCUCUACUAUGGAGAAGUAAGCUGAUUGAGGGAGUAUUCUCAAUUUCAAUGAUUUGAUUUGUCGACUACGAGACGUCAAAUCAUCACAGGGGCAUCUUCGCCUUCAAUAUUUUCAUUUAUGGCAAAGGUGCAGCUAAUUCAUGAAUCUUUCCUUAUCACGUAGUUAAAUAGUGACAGUACCUAUUUAUUUAUUACUGUGGCUCGCAAUCUUGUAAAUAGAUCGACGGCGUGGUUUUAUGAAAUUUUAAUGUCAUGUACUAACAAGAAAUCCAGAAACACAUCCAGACAACAUAGCGGUAACUCAACAUGCUUUUUAUUUUUAACCUAUGCGUGCGCAUUAAAUCAAUUAAUAUAUACAGUAAAUGCACAGGCAGACCAUAACAUCUAGUUUGUACGUAAUUUAGAGCUCAUUCCGUAAACUGUACCAUGUCGCGGCUUUUACAUCAACUGUAAAAUUACAGGUAUCAUAAUUUUAAAACGACUCGAUUUAUUGUAUUAAAAUUCAUUCAACAG